AUGCCUUCGCCGCCCAGCCUGAUUCGGUCUCGGGUCCAGCAGGGUAUUCUCCAACAGUGCCUGUUCUCGUCUGGCCAGCCGCCCAGGCAACCAUCGCAUGGUGUCGAAGCCAAUCAUGACAGAGCACAAGAAAGCGCAGCGGCUUCACGUCGACCGCCGCCGACAGACUUCGACUUUGAACAUCUCAAGCCGCAGAUUCCGGAGAGGAAACCUAUCGAGCCGAUAUCUCCAUCAAAGGCAGUUAGUGAAUCUGUCGAUUCUGGAUCGUCAGGUACCAAUCAGACCACACCACCACGGGCCACCGAUGUAAAACCCACCACCUCAAGAGAAGAAGACCCGAAGCUUCCGUCGGCGAUACAGUCAAAGACGUCUCCGGUGGCCGAGUCCCUCUCCAGGUUCAUCGACCGCGCCCAGACCACGCUGUUUGCCGCGUCACAGCGCAUCAAUGAGCUCACCGGCUACACCGGCAUCGAGACGCUGAAAGAACGCAUCACGACGCUCGAAGACUCCCUCGAUAAGGCCCAGAAACAUCUCCACGACACGCGGCUCAAGUACAAGGCGGCGGUAGCCGAGCGUGCCGCCACCCAGCGCGAGGUGACGACGCUGCUGGCCCGGCAGAAGACCUGGACCCCCAUGGACUUUGAACGCUUCACGAUGCUCUAUCGGCAGGACCACGAGCUCGAGGCCAGUGUGGCGGACAAUGCGGCCGCGCUCGAGGAAGCGGAGCGCGAGGCGGAGCGUCUCAACCGCGAGCUCAGCUCGGGUAUCCUUGCGCGCUAUCACGAAGAGCAGAUCUGGAGCGACAAGAUCCGCCGCAUGAGUACGUGGGGAACGUGGGGUCUCAUGGCCGUCAACAUCUUCUUAUUCCUCGUCCUGCAAUUUGGUGCCGAGCCCUGGAGGCGUCAGAGGCUCGUCAAGGGCUUCGAAGAGAAGGUCCGCGAGGCUCUUGCGCACGAGCGCGAGCUCAUGCAGGCCCAUAGACCAGGCACUUCACAAGCAGCUGCUGCCGCUGCCGCUGCCGCUCCUGUUGUUGCGGCGCCUGCCACGGCAGUGACCGAAGUCGAGCAGACCAAGACCACCGCCGUCCCCGCCGAGGUCGCGUCAAAACCCGAGGAGCCAGCCAUCAUCAACAGUCAAGCCGGCCCGGCGCUUGUCUCAUCAACACAGCCAUCCGCGACCUUCACCAGCACUUUUACCUCGCUACACAAGAAUCUCGUCCCGACGUCAUGGGACGAGUUCUUCGACCCGGAGCACUGGCGCGCUGCCGCGUCCGAGCUGUCGAGCAUGCAGACCGUCGUGACGCUGCGGAUGCGCGACGUCUCGCUGAUUGCGCUCGAGGGCGCUGCCGCGGGCGCCGCCGCGGCCGUGGCGAGUUUUGCGCUCAUGUUCUUGCUCGUCUCGCGCGCGUAA